CCUUGCUAGGUUUUGUUAACACUCCAAUGGCGAAUCGCAUGGAUAGAGGCGGGCUGAACAACAGAUUGCAUGGAUCAUGAUGGUGGUGGUGCGCAUGGAUCAGGACGGCGCGACUCACAUGUCUAGGGACGACGGUGGGGACUGGUGGUGUCGCUCUGGGCGGUGGCUGCGGCAAGCAGGCGUGGGGCUGGGGGUGGUCGGGCAAUCAAGCGACUGGUUGCGGCAAUCGUGCUCCUGGACGGCGGCAGGAGGCAGGCCAUGUAGCGACGAUAGACGGCAGGCCAUGGGACGGCGACCGACGGCGGGCCAUGGGCCGGCGGGCCAUGGGAUGCCGGCGGCUGCGGGCGGAUCUAUGGAGGUGGGAGAAUGGAGGCUAUGGUUUGGAGAAAAAAGUAGGAGCUUAAGGUUUUAUAGAUUUAAUGUAAAUGGUAUAUUUGUC